AGCGCGAGCGGCGCCGUCACAAAAGGAAGUGGCGGCGGCGGGUCCGUCAGCGCGGGGAGGGGCGGGGGCGGCUCCGGCACCUCCGGGAGCACCGGGAGCACCGGGAACAGCGGCACCGGCACCCGCGGGGCGGCCGCGGCGGGGGCCGCGCCGCGCCAUGGCCCAGCAGCAGAUGAGCAGCUCGCAGAAGGCGCUGAUGCUGGAGCUGAAGUCGCUGCAGGAGGAGCCGGUCGAAGGCUUCCGCAUCACCCUGGUCGACGAGUCCGACCUCUACAACUGGGAGGUGGCGAUCUUCGGGCCCCCCAACACGCUGUACGAGGGCGGGUACUUCAAGGCUCACAUUAAAUUCCCUAUCGACUAUCCAUAUUCACCCCCUACCUUCAGAUUCCUGACCAAAAUGUGGCACCCCAACAUUUAUGAGAAUGGAGAUGUAUGUAUUUCAAUUCUUCACCCACCUGUAGAUGACCCACAAAGUGGAGAGCUGCCAUCUGAGAGGUGGAACCCUACCCAAAACGUCAGGACUAUCUUACUGAGUGUAAUCUCUUUGCUUAAUGAGCCCAACACAUUCUCCCCAGCCAACGUGGAUGCAUCAGUCAUGUUCAGGAAAUGGAGGGACAGUAAAGGAAAAGACAAGGAGUACGCCGAAAUCAUAAGGAAACAGGUUUUGGCUACCAAAGCUGAGGCAGAGAAGGAUGGCGUGAAGGUCCCCACUACACUGGCAGAGUACUGCAUCAAAACUAAAGUGCCUUCCAAUGACAACAGUUCAGAUUUGCUUUACGACGACUUGUACGAUGACGACAUUGACGACGAGGACGAGGAGGAGGAGGACGCCGACUGUUACGAUGAUGAUGAUUCUGGCAACGAGGAGUCGUGACCUGCUCCCUCUAUGCCCCUGUACUGCCCUGCCGACUCAGGCCAGAAGGGAGCAGCGGUAACCUAGCAGCAGUCCAGCAAAAAAAGUGGGGGGGGGUGUCAAAAAAAAAUGAAAAAAAGAAAAAAAAAACAAACAAAAAAAAAACCCAACACAAAACUUUGUCUCCUGCUGUCUCCUGUUGUAUGGAUCUGUUUGCUCCUUUUUUAUGGACCUCUUAGAGACCCUCCACAGAAUGUCUGAAUUCUUGCAUUCUUAACCCUUUCAUCACUGUAUUACGAUUUCUUUUUAAAAAAGAAACUCCCCUUUUCACUUCUCUACAAAACGCUCACAGCAAAACAGGUUUGCUCGCGUUUAGAUUCUUGAAUUAAAUACAGUCUUGCAUUGAGAUGUUUAAUGUAUUUAAAGCUGGAACAAACCCAUUGGAAGCCGGGUUUUCAGGAGCUCAAGUGCUGCAUUUACUGGGAAGAAAAAAAAUCCCCACGAAGCAAAUUGCCAAGGUUUAGCUGCUCCAUUUACAAUAAUAGCGUGUGUACAUUCGUUUAGCCUUGUGGUGGUGGCUUUUCCUUUAUGAGGUGUGGGGCGGAGAGUGUAAAGCUACUGUGUGUUGAGCUUGAUGGGAUGUCACUGAAAGGUACAGUAUUCCUUUUCAGCCUACUAAGUUAGGAAAUAGCUGGCCCCUGGAGCCCCAGAGGGCACAAUCAGCUUUGUCUCUGGAAAAGGCUUGUGAGAUGAACCCUAAAAUAAACACUUAACACUUCACGUCUGUACAACUGAGCCCUGGGUUGCUAUUUAUUUUUUUUCAUUGUUCUUUUUUCAGACUAGGAUAGGGUUGCAGAAAUUCAGUUUAGCUGUUCUACUGGCAUCUGCUGCCAGCUGCCCCUCUCUGCAGGGAUGAGAACAGAUGUGCCUCCUGCUGCCCAGUGGGCUACCAUUUAUCCUGAACUUCUUUUUUGGCAGUAGGAGAGACCAGUAGCCUCCUGCCCCAGAGCUCACUAGCAGCCCUUGCUUCCUGCAUCCCCAGCCCUGCGCAGCUUUCUGUUGCCUAUGUAGGUCACCUGUGGGUCGGUGCAGCUCUGCUGCAGCCCCUCGGGCUCUGCGGGGCUGGCAGAGAUCGGAGCUCCCCUUGGUACCUGCCUGGGGUGUCCAGGCUGUCCCAGUGCCCCCCAGGGCAGAGGGUGGGUGAUGCUGGGCUCUCCCUUGUCCACCUGGCUGGGGCACAGGCAAACAAGCCCCCCAGGAGAGAGGGGGACUUUCGGGCUGGAAGGGAAGGCCAGCAGCAGGGUCUGUCUUCAGCAUCAUGCUUCAUUCAGCUGGUGCCCUGAGCUCGCCCUCCCACAUGUUUCUGGGAGCUCUUGGCAGAGCUUAGGGCCCACCAUAGUGGGCAGGGGGAUCGAAUCAUGCAUGUUCCUGUCUCAGAACCCUCUUCCCCAGUCCCUCAGCACCCUGACCGUGUUGCAGCUCUUCAUGUUUGGCUGUGGUGCAGUGCCCCGAGUUCACCUUGUGCAUGAUCCCUGGAUGGGCUGCCAGCCCUGGCAGCCCCAGAGCAGCUCAGGGGUGCUGCCCCUGCUUUGGUGAGACCCUUGGUCCCUACAGGUACAGAGGUGUCACCAUGGCCAGGGCCUGCUCCUCUCUUCCAUGUAUCUCAGGGUUUUCCAUGGUACGUCACCAGCUGGGGCCUCUCCAGGGGUGCUUCGGUGGGAUCAGGCUUUGUUUGGGAGCAGCUGUGCCCCGGGCAAGACUGAGCAGGCAAGACUGAGUGUGCUGCCUGGAGGGAGAGGAGGGGAAGGCAGCCCUCAGGGAGGGGAGGAAGGCCUGUGGGGUUCCCUGUGAAAUGAGCAAGGCAGAUCUGUUUUCAGUGUUGCUUGGCAGGGGUUUGCUGCAGCAGGGACAGCCCCUGCCUGGGGAUGUGCAUCCCUUUGCCCCCAGGGAGUGGAGGCAGCCCAAGUGGUGAUUCCUUGUCCCAGCUGCUUCCCAUGGCCCUCUGCCCUCCUGCUUGCAUGUUACCUGGAAAGGCAGCUGCACCCUCCUGAGGUGUCCUGCUCCUUCAGCUCCACCUUCCAGCAAGGACUGACUCAGCCCCAGGUGCUUUUUGGAGCUGGCAGCGGGGCUCCCCUGCAUCCAGUGAGUGUGGGACACCCCCAGCCUCACACCAGCCCUGCGAGGGUGGCACUGGGGGUGGCAAAAGGGCCACCCCGGGACAGGGGCACCAACCUUCAGCUUUCAGGUGGCUGGGGGCAGUGAAGGAGCAGAGUGUGGCAAUGCUGGCUGUGCUGAUGGCUGGGUUGGAAAUGAGGAUACUGCAUCUUUCAGGAUUUCCCUUGUACUUUUGACCGUCUUCACUGUAUACUCUCCAGUGACUUGUAUUUCCAAGCUUGGUGUUGUAAGAUGCAUUAUUAUGACUCUUGUUUUACCCUUUUUCUAAAGACAAGAAAGCAACCUCUUUUGAGCGCUCCGACAAUAACCAGACUAAUUUCUCUUCCCCACUGUCUUGUGCAGUGUCAUUGCUUGUUGACUUGCUGGUUUCCUUUUUUUCAGAUACAACUGAAGUAUGAGGGGAUUUUUUUGAAACUAUUUAAGAGAUGAUUGCAGAAAAAUGUUUACCUACUCUGUGUAUUCUGGUUUUCUUUCUUAACCCUUUUUCUCCCGUUUCAGCCAAUAUUAGCGUUUACAUUUGCAACUUACAAGUCCCUUCAAAUGCAGUUUUCAACCAUUCUGAAACCAGCAGGGUACACUAGAUUUCUUAGUAGUUUUCUUAGCUGAACUCCCAGAUGUUUUCCUUUUUUUUCUUCAGUAUAAUUUACCAGAAAGAAUUAACUGAUGCAUUUUUGUGUUGUCUUCCCCUUCAGUAGUUAUAUUUUGUCUUUUCUGCACAUCUGUCUACUAAUAAAAAUGUGAAAUGAAAA